AUGAAGUAUCUCCUGUACCUGUGUUUACUCCUUGCUGUUCUUUGUGCCACAACCCAUUGCCACCAUGAAGACAUUUGCCAUGAAGUCAGUCACACAAAUCUGCAAGAUGGAAUAGAAAGUUUAUUAACACAUAACUGUGACAAGCAAGGCUCUAACUAUGCUGAUUUUGUAUUUAGAUUUUACAAGCAGGUUAUAUCAAAAGAAGCUGACAAAAAUGUUUUCUUUUCUCCCAUCAGCAUCUCCACUGCCUUUGCCAUGCUGGCUGUUGGUGCAAAGUCAACAACUCUGUCUCAGAUAUUUGCAGGGUUGGGCUUUGACAGUCUGACUGAGACUCGCAUACAUGAUAUACAUGAAAAUUUUCAUAAAGUUUUAGCAGUACUGAACUGUACUGAUGUUAACAUCACAUUAAACAUAGGGAAUGCUCUUUUCACAGCUGUUGGAUAUGAACCACAGGAGACAUUUUUACAAAAUAUCAAACAAUUCUAUGAUUCAGAAUUUUUUUCUAUCAAUUUCCAUAAACCAGAAGAAGCUAAACAGCAAAUCAACAACUAUGUAAAGGAGAAAACCAAGGGGAAAAUUCCUGAAUUAAUUAGUCAUCUUGAUUUCAGUACAGUAUUGGUUCUUGUUAACUACAUUUAUUUUAAAGCUGCUUGGGAAAAGCCUUUUGAUCCUUUGCGUACGUAUGAGGAUGAUUUUUUUGUGAACACAAAUGCAUCUGUUAGAGUCAACAUGAUGCAACAUGACAGUAACUAUGACAGUUACUACGACCAGGAUCUCUCUUGUGAGGUGGUAGAGCUGCCUUACCAGGGCACUGCACGAGCAUUGCUCAUUCUGCCUGAUGAUGGAAAGAUGAAGCAAGUGGAAGAUGCUCUUUCCAAGGAAACUGUUUGUAAAUGGGAUACCAGGCUUGUGACCAGGAGAUUAAAUCUGCAGUUACCAAAGAUUUCUAUUAGUGGGUCUUACGAUGUUAAAAAUCUGCUCAAGGAAAUGGGCAUCACUGAAGUAUUCUCUAGUAAUGCUGAUCUGUCUGGAAUUAGUGGCAGCCGUGAUCUUCAGGUUUCACAAGCAAUUCACAAAGCCUUGCUGGCAGUUGAUGAGGUGGGAACUGAGGCUGCAGGAGCCACAGCCGUAAUCCUUACCAGAGUUCUCCGUCCUUCUCUUACCAUCAAAUUCAACAGGCCCUUCCUUGUGGUGAUUUCUGACAAAGCAACCAGCACCACAGUUUUCAUGGGGAAAAUUGUUGAUCCUACUAAGAAGUAA